UCUGUGUUCCUUUCAUUUUGCGCCACUCUGAAGCCUCUGUUCCCCCGAAGAAGACCACCGAGGAAAUCGGCAUCUGUUGGUUGCGGCGAAGAUGGUGACGGCGAAGAAGACGAAGAAGUCCCAUGAGGGAAUCAACAGCAGAUUGGCUCUGGUGAUGAAGAGUGGCAAAUACACUCUAGGGUACAAAUCUGUUCUUAAGUCCCUUCGCAGCUCCAAAGGUAAGCUGAUACUUAUAUCCAACAACUGCCCACCACUGCGGAGGUCAGAGAUUGAAUACUAUGCUAUGCUUGCUAAAGUUGGAGUUCACCAUUACAAUGGAAACAAUGUCGAUCUGGGUACUGCCUGCGGAAAAUACUUCCGUGUGUCAUGCCUCAGCAUCGUCGAUCCUGGUGACUCUGAUAUCAUCAAGGCUCUUCCUGGCGAUCAGUGAUUUAAUAUUAUCUUGGAUUUUGGCCCUCUCAUCUCUUUUUGUUAUGCAACAUUAGUGUGUUUCUCCAUGAUCGUCGCCUCCUAUUAUGUUGGAAUUCUCACACUUUUGUGGCUGUCCUAUAAUACAAGACUUCAUGUAGGUUCUGCUUUGGUGUCUGACACUCCUUUUUUUACUUCUAUAUCUUGAGUUAUGAUUCUGGACUUACUAUU